AGACGGGACGCUCUCGUGCGAGUCGUGCGGCUGUUUGAUUUCAAUCCGGGUGUGGCAUAAGUUAUUGAAAUAAAAUAUUGUUUUAUCCCUGAGAUAGUGGUACAGCGUGAUCAAUAUGAUUUGGCAGAAUGUAUUUGCAGUUAUUUCUUUGCUGGUUAUUUCGGUUAUAGUAGUAUUCGGGCUGGAAUGUUACGUUUGUGAAAACCAAGAAGAUAACAAUGAGAAAUGCGUGAAAACCAUCAUGACCUGUCGAGAUUAUGAAGAUGUAUGUUUGACUAAAAUAAAAUGGGGCAGUCCGCCUUAUUGGUCCCAAGGGGCGAAGAAGCAGUACUACAUAUCGAAGACUUGCUCGAGCAAGACAGAAUGCGCAGCCACUAGGCAGCGGUACAUGCCCACCUGCACCCAUAUUUGGUAUCAAGAUUGGGAAUGUUCGGAUUGUUGUCAAGGAGACAGGUGUAAUUACUAUAUCAUAAGUGGAAGUGAUGCAGUUCAGCCUAUGUAUGCAGUACAUCUCGGGGCUAUCCUACUAGCCAAACAGUUAUUUCUUAGUUAAAACUUACAGUUAAUUGAAAACUAUAAUUUCCGUCCAUUUACCAUAGUUUUAAGAAAGUCUGAUUUUCUUUCUCAAUUAUUUAAAAAGGUUUCCCAAGUGGUUGUAAACUUGAUAGGAAACCUACAUUACAUUCCAAGGGGUAUUAUAUGACAAAAUUUGAGAUGUUUUUUUAUAAUGCAAUGAAUUUCAUAAGAUAAUUAUAUUGGAAAUUAUAAUGUAGAUCUAACUAUUUUACAUGGUUAAAUGUAAUCUUAAAUUUAGUAUAGGUAUCAUACAAUUUAUGUUGUUGUAGUUUAACAAGAAGGUGAAGUUAAAUAGUUAUCAUAUCAUACUUGCAUCAGUGUGAUGACCACUAUAAAAUUAUGACCCAACUAGUGCCUAAGGAAAGAAUGUUUUGAAAUGAGAAAACCACUUAAAUUAACCAUUAUAUGAAAUCAAAUUAGUCCCAAUAACAUACCAAUUAUAACAAGUCUUAAAUUUUUUACGAUUAUAUCAAACAGACAUCCCAAAUUGAAUAUAGUGGAACCUCGAUAACUUGAACCUCAAUAAGACAAAAUCCUCACAAACAGGAAAUAUAAUGCCAUUCCCUUCCCUUCCCUUCAAAACCCAAUAACUCAAAAAUUUAACCUCAUUAAGACAAAGUAAUCAUAACCAACUAUUCCCUUCACAACUAUCCACUGCAGUUUUUACCUCCAUAUCUCGAAAUAAUUUACUGUCAAACCUCUGUAACUCGAAAUAUACAAUGCACCAUACUUUUGUGCGAGUACUUUUUAGUAUAAUACGAAUUUUUCAUGGUUUUAGCUCUGUAACUCGAAACCUUUUCAAGACAAACAAAAACCUUUGAGAACCUCCUUAAGUCAACUCCCUUUAUAAGCUGAAACUUCGUUAACCCUUUUCCAGGUAUAGUAUGAUUUAUCGACCACAUACGCGCCAUUAGAAUUUCAACUUUAGCAUUCCGAUUUAAGGUUCAAAUUAGAUUACACUUUCAGGAAAUGUUACUUGUCUUCAAAUGAAUCAUCAAAACUGGAUUAAUUGGAAUAUAUUUGGAUUUUUUGGGAAAAUCUUGUAGAUUGGUGCGGCCUGGAAAAGGGUUACCACAAAGAUUUAGCGUUUCCCUUGAGAUUCGUGCUAUUGAGGUUCCACUGUAAUGACUAUGACUGAACAGUUUUUUAAAUGACCACAAAACGGUCAGAGAGCAGCUUAUUUAGAUAAAAUCAUUAUAUAGAUUGUGUUAUUCUCAAAGUCGCGUGCCUUCACUCGGAAUGUCAAGUUAAUAAAGGUUAGAUUUGAAAAAUUAUAUAUUUUACUUCCGUCCACUUAUGAAUUUUAUACAUGUUGUAGUUAAUAUUUUUAUUAUAAAAAGUAUCUCUUAUAGUGAAACUUUGUAGUGUAUAAUUAUAAUUAUUAUGUAUAUUAUAUUAUAGUUUUUAUGUUAGAUUUAAGAUUUAUUUAGAUUUAUCCAUAUUUAUCUCACUAUACACUGAGGUCAAGGACUGAUAAAUGAAAUCUCAAAACUUUUUAUGUAUUUUAGUUUGAGUUGUAAAGUUUUAUGGUUUUUAUGUUGUUUUACACAUAAGAGGGAAAAUUGAAAGUUGCGUGUAUCUGACCCUGAAUGAACAUAUUUUUUAUUAUAUUAUUCUAUCUAUGAAGUACUAGCAACCCGCCCUGGCUUCGCAUGGGUUACAAAACACCCCUUCCUCAAGGAUCACUCAAUUGAUAGGUGAAAACCGCAUGAAAAUCCGUUUAGUAGUUUUUGAGUUUAUCGCGAACAUACGCGGCGGGGGACUUUGUUUUAUAAGGUGUAGUGAUUAUUGAUGUCUCAUCUUUUAGCUUUUCUUUACAUACCUAUGUUUUUUUGCAAUCUCAUACAUUUUCCUGUAUUUAACAGCUAUUCACUUUCAAUUUUCACGCACUCAAAUGUACUCCUCCAGAAUACGCAUUACUAAGUCGAACUUCCCUUCAAGGGAUCUCUUCCAGUUACUCGAGUUCCAGUUAGAUAGUUCCAGAGAGAUAAGUUCGACUUUGUAAUGCGUAUUCUGUAUAAGUAUAUUGUUUUUGUUUAUUUUUACAAUAGAGUGUAUACAUGCCUUCAUGAAUAUUAUAUACAUACUUUCUACCAUUAACUUUGUUUCAUUUAAUUUAACUGCUGUUGUUUAAACCAUGAUAUUAAUGUUGUAAAGGCUGAAUUUGCAAAUGAACUUUGUUCAUACAA